AUGAAUUCCGGUGAAUUACAAGCAAAAGAAGAAUUAGAAAAGAAUUUAGAAAAACAAAAGAAACAAAUUUCAGAAUUAAUCGACUAUAAAACAAUCAAUAGAGAUCUCUUUAUGAGAGAAUUACUUGCUAUUUACGACGAUAAGGACUUCUUAACGACUACAAAUUCUCACAAUGAGGAUCCAAAACUAAAUCUUAAUAAAGAUCUUUAUAUUAAUUCAUUUGUAGAAUAUAUGAUUAAAGGAAAUGAAAUUGAAAUUAUUGAUGGAGAUAAUAACACUUUUAAUUACGAAAUUGUCUCAAAAAUUUUUCAAAGACUUGAAAAAAAAUAUAGACAAGUAAAUGAAGAACCACCAUUUGUUGUUUCAGUAAUUGGACCACAAAGUACAGGUAAAUCUACUCUUUUAAACAUGUUAUUUGGUAGUAACUUUCAAACAAGUGCUGGUCGUUGUACAAAAGGUUUAUACGCAUCACUUUUUAAAACAAAAUAUCCGAAAACAAAAACACUACUUGUACUUGACACAGAAGGACUUUUAUCUAUUGAAAAAGCAAAUGAUGAAUAUGAUAAAAAGUUAACUUUAUUUUCUAUGGCAUGUUCACAGAUAAUGCUUAUCAAUUUAAAUGGAGAAAUUAAUUCAGCAAUGAAGAAAAUUCUCUCUAUUAGUCUGUUUGUUGCCAAUCAGUUAAGAGUAUUCAAGACUCGUCCAAUUAUUAUAUUUGUUUUACGAAAUAUGAUGGAUUUGAAUAUUAAUAAACAAAGAGAAAUGAUUGAUAAUGUUAAAAAAGAAUUACAAGAAGUUACUGAACUGACUAAACUUAAUUUAAGCCAAGUGCUAGAUUUCAAGGAAGAAAAAGCAUUUUUCUUAAUGUUUACGGCUUUUAAUAAAGACUUUGUAUACAAUAAAGGUGAAGAACUUUUUCAAAAAUCAACAACAAAUAUUAAAUUUGCCAAACUCAGUCAAGAACUAAGAGAGAAGAUUUUUGCUGAAGCAAAUAUAUCAGAACCAAAGUUCAAAAGUCUUUCUGAUUGGGUUAAACAAGCAUCAGAUGUUUGGGAAACAAUUGAUCUAUACAAUGAUAUGAUUAUGAUGGAAUCCGUUAAAGAAAUUAAUGAAAGGAAAGAACUUAGUGAUAUCAUUACAAAAAUCAUAGAAGUAUAUAUUGAACCCAAUGAAACAAAGACAAGUUUUCGUUCAAAACUUGAAGUAAUAUUAACGGAACAAGAAGAACUGAUGGACAAUCCAUCUUAUGUAUUUUCGAAUGUUGAACAACAGUUUGAUAAUGAGAUGGAAAUCUGUAAAGAAAAAGUUAUACAAAUUUUUGAUGAUCGAGUUAAAUCAAAAUCGUAUGCAGUAAAAUUAAUGAAUGAAUAUAAAGAUCGACUAUUAUCUGCUAUAACAACAACCAAAACACAAGCACUUCAGAAGUAUAAAGCAAUUGCUGAAAAAAGAAAAACGAAAAAUAAAACGCAAGCCGCUUUAACAGAAUUACAAAACCUAAGCGAAAUUAAAAUUCUUCAAUGGCAAAAACUUCAACAAGGUAUUGUUGAUGAGAAAAAGACAGAAGCCAAAAACGAUAUUAUAAAUGAUUUUAAAAAGUACAUGCAUAAUAUUAAAAAUGAUACAGAAAACGAAAUAAAUAAAAAUAAGAAAACUCGUGUUCAGUGGGGAGAUUUUGUAAUUCAACAAAUUAAAUCAGCAGUAGGCACAAUUCCUGUUGAAAAAAGAUUUUUUAGUAUAACACAACUCGAUCAAAAAUCGUCAGCAACAAGUGCAUCCAUCAAUAUAAUCAGACUCAUUAACAACAUGCAGGGUUCACAUCAACAGAACUUAUUACUGGAAAAAAUACCAGUACUUGUUCAAAGAAAACAGAAGUACUGGCAAAUGAGACGCAAUUUUAUUGUGGAGAAUAACUCGUGUUUAACUGAGAACGAGAUCUAUAUUGAAAAGUCUUCGAACUAUCUGACACAAAAAUGGAAGCAAGUCAAUUCAUGGGUUUCAAGUAUAUUUCAAAUACUUUAUACAGGAAAGAAAAGCAAGAAUCACAGCAGUUCAUUACAUCCACAGAGUCCAACUUCUGAAAAACAAACUCUCAACCUAACAUCUCCUUCACAAAGUUUACCUAUAAGAAAAAUACAAGAAGCUGGUAUUACUCCAGACGCAGUAGUUCUUGUUUGUUCUAUGUUUCACGAAAUGAAUGAAUAUCUUCAAGAGAGCAUUAAAAAUAAGAUAAUCGAAAGUGCUGAAUAUCAAAUAACAUCUUUAAAACAAAAUAUUUUACAAAUUGAAGCAAAAAUGCAUGAACUCAGCCAAAAAUUUAUGGAAGAGCAUGACUUAGAAUUUACAAAUACGUUUGGAAAUGAAUUAAUUGACUGGUUACAUGAAAUUAUCGUGGAUAAGAUGUUUACCGAUGAAGAAAAUACAUAUAAAAAAAUAAAAGAAGAUUUUGAAAAAGAUGUGGAUAGAAUAUUGGAAGAUCUUACAAAAAGACUUGAUGCUGCUUUUGGAGAUGCAGAAAAUGCUACGGACAUGGCCACGAAAGUGUUCAAUAACUUCAAAAACAUAAUAAUGUUUAAGAUAGAAAUUGACUAUAAACGUGAUUUAGAACAAGGCACAUAUCUUAAUGCAGAUAAAUUGGUUGAACUAUGUGAUAAAGUUUUUUAUGAAGCAAAUGGAAAAUUUGAUGAAGAUGGGAUCUAUGAAUAUACUACCAAGAUGGUUGAUUAUAUGGAAAAGGUGUACUUAAAAUAUUUUGAAGAGAAAGUAUGUGAUAUAGAAAUGGCAUAUAAUCAAAAGUAUUCAACAAUCCACAAUCAACAAUAUGAGAUCUUGAGAAGUAAACUAGAACAACUAGAAAGAAUUUUUAUGGAUUAUAAUUGGAAUGCAUUACAUGCAGAUAGUCAUAAUACAUACUUUACAAAAUUUUUUAAAGCUUAUCUUGAACAAAACAUCGAUGAGAAAUUAAUAAAUACCUAUUUAACACAAUCAUUAAAGUUGACCUACUGCCAUUCCAACACAGAAUUGCUGCAGCCAAGCAAAUUAUUCCAAAAUAUAUCCAUUUCAAUUUAUACAAUAACCAAUCCAAAAGUGUUCCUAACAUCUUUUAAAAAUACUAUACACUCCCUUUAUAAUGAAAACAAAAACAACGAGAUUACAUUCAAAUUAACUGACGAUAUGCUGAAAGAAAAAGACAAAAUCAAAGUUGGAAAUCAGCAAACAGCUUUAGGAUGUAUUGAACAAUGCCCAUAUUGUGGUUGUAAGUGUACAGACAUUACAGAGGGUCAUACGAAACAUCAUUCUGAUAAACACCGACUAAUGGCAUUUAAUGGAUCAUUUGAAAAGCUUGAUAAUGGUAAUAAAGGAUUUGUUUUUGAUUUAUGCAACAGUGACAAUACAAUAAGACAUAGUAGAUGGAAAGAAAACUCAUCAAGUCAACUUUCAAUUCGUGAUAGUAAGCUUAUUAGACAAAGAAUGAAGGACUAUUCAGUUGGUGAAGGAGAUGUGACAAUAACAUUAGUGUGGUGGGAUAGUAAUGAUUUAGAUUUACAUGUUACUUGUCCGUGUGGAACUGAACUGUAUUUUGGUAAUAAAAGAUGUUCUAGCUGUGCUGGAUACCUCGAUCUGGAUAUGAAUGUUUGCUAUCACGGAAAUUCAUGUUCCGCAAAGAAAUGUUCAGCCAGUGAGCCGACAGAAAAUGCCUAUUUCAAACCAGCCAAAAACGGUUUAUACAAAGUUUCUGUUAACUACUAUGAAGGACCAAAAGGCAACGGUCGUAAAUCUUCAGACUUUGAAGUUAGGAUUCAAACUCAUGCUAAUGAUAACGUUCAAACAAUUAAAGGAUGUGUCGAAGUUGAUACUGAAAGAAGUCAUGUUAAAGUUGGAGAUUAUGAACACGGUGGUAGUCUCAAUUUUCUUGAACAUGUGAAAAAACAUUUUGACUCUUGGAGUAAUAUUCGACCGAUUAACGAUCAUGCAUGGGAAACUGUAUUAAAGAAAGCAUGGUGGCAAAUAGCUCCAAAAAUGAGUCAGUUUUAUGGAUAUGAGAACAAGACUCCACCACAAUUUGCAGAGCUUCAAUAUCAAUAA